CCUGCUAUGCUCUGGAAGUGUUGCUCAAAGGCCCAUGUGGUGAAACUCCAUCAAUAACAGCUGCCACUAGUGAGAGGUUAUGGAACCAGAGCAAGUGAGGCCUAGUAGAGGAAGUGUGACCUAGGCCUCCCUUGCUUUUCUCUCUUUGCUUCUCGGCUUUUGUGAGGCAAGUAUCUUUGUUCCACAGUGUGCUCCAACCCCUGAUAUGCUUCAGGACCAAAAGCAAUGAAGCCGGCAAAGUACAGAUGGAAGCCUCUGCGUCCAGAGUAAACUCUUUCUCUUACCUCAGGUACUCACCCCUGUGUGGAAAUCUGACUAAGAUCAAAGCACAGAUGGAAGCCUCUGCGUCCAGAGUAAACCCUUUCUCUUACCUCAGGUACUCACCCCUGUGUGGAAAUCUGACUAAGAUCAAAGCACAGAUGGAAGCCUCUGCGUCCAGAGUAAACUCUCUCUCUUACCUCAGGUACUCACCCCUGUGUGGAAAUCUGACUAAGAUCAAAGCACAGAUGGAAGCCUCUGCGUCCAGAGUAAACUCUUUCUCUUACCUCAGGUACUCACCCCUGUGUGGAAAUCUGACUAAGAUCAAAGCACAGAUGGAAGCCUCUGCGUCCAGAGCAAACUCUCUCUCUUACCUCAGGUACUCACCCCUGUGUGGAAAUCUGACUAAGAUCAAAGCACAGAUGGAAGCCUCUGCGUCCAGAGUAAACUCUUUCUCUUACCUCAGGUACUCACCCCUGUGUGGAAAUCUGACUAAGAUCAAAGCACAGAUGGAAGCCUCUGCGUCCAGAGUAAACUCUUUCUCUUACCUCAGGUACUCACCCCUGUGUGGAAAUCUGACUAAGAUCAAAGCACAGAUGGAAGCCUCUGCGUCCAGAGUAAACUCUUUCUCUUACCUCAGCAGGAGGCCCAGCAUUUCAUUUUGCAGUGGACUUCACAAAUCUGAAAUCUUGUGUAACCUGCAGGAAUUGCCUUGUGGCUUUGGUGGGCCAAAAGAGAGGCUUCCAGCUUGCCUAAACUCAAACCGCAACCCUUAGACUGUACCAUGAUUUAUCCCAUCCUCAUUGGGUGGGUAAGCUUGCUCCAAAGCCAUUUGAAAGCCAGGAUCCUGUGCUAGGCUCUAACCUUACCAAGUGUCGGAGAACUCUGAGGGCAGUAUGCCUCCGUCUUUGCCUCGUCCUCUCCCACUUGUGAUACCCAUUUCCCCCUCUCUCUGUCCUGACCAGCAGCAUUACAAGAAGAAGGGGGGGUGGAAAAAGACAGAUUUGUGGCAGACAGAGAAAGGCUGUGCAGUGAGAAAUCCAGUCUUUUGGGAUCCAGGCCCCUCUCGUUGGCUACUGCCCAAAGACAGUCAAGGCAAACGUUUACUCUGUAUGAAGCCCUUAUCCUGCUAAAGACACAUUCAUAAGGGUAUGAUGUGUAUUUUAAGGACUUAUUGUGACAUUAAAUUUAUUAAGUUUGC